AUCUCUUGUGACAUCUUUAAUUUACAACUUCUUCUCUCUGUGUUCUUUUUCUUCUUCUCUUUUUAUUUUCCUAAUUUUGUUGCUUGUGUUUAAUACUUUAAUCCAUUUUAUCGAUCUCAAGCGACCUCUUUGUCAAACCUGACAAUCCCAAAUGAUGAAGAAUUCUGACGUCACUAUUUAUUAAAACCGAUACAAUCUUUUCUUAUAUAGUACUUUAGUUUCAGACAGGAACCCAACAAAAAAAAUCAAAACUCUUUCUUUUUUGCAAAAAAAUAAAAAUGGGGAAUUGUCAAGCGGCGGAAGCAGCGACGGUUUUGAUUCAUCACCCGGCGGAGAACAAGGUGGAGAGGAUUUACUGGUCAGUGACAGCGAGUGAUGUCAUGAAAUCCAAUCCUGGUCAUUACGUUGCGGUGGUGGUGACGUCACCUACGAUGAAGAACGAGAAAGGAUCGCCAUUGAAGCAGCUUAAGCUCCUUCGUCCUGACGACACUUUACUCAUCGGACAUGUGUAUCGUCUCGUCAGCUUCGAAGAGGUUUUGAACGAGUUUGCGACGAAGAAGUGUGUGAAGCUUGGGAAGUUAUUGAAAGAAGGAGGAGGGCUUGACUUGACGAAGAAGAAGACGAAGAAACACAGGAAGAAGAAGCUGGAUCAUCAGGAAACGGGCCGAGUCAACCCGGAUCCGAACCAAGAUGGAGCUAAUGAUGCGGUCGCCGGAGAAAACGGGGGAGAUGGGUUUAUGAGGAGGAGCCACGGUGGAGGAAGAGGUGGCGGUGGGUGGAGGCCAGCUUUACACAGCAUCCCCGAAUUUGGAUCCUCAUGAGAGAUCUUGAAAGCGUAGAUAUUCUUAAAGCAACUAUCCGACAACAUUGAAAGAUUUAUGUAAAGCGAUGUUACUGUUUUAUGUGGCUUUAAUGAGAUUCAGUCUGGACAAAUAUUUUCAAGAACUUCUUUAAUCGUUACAAUUGUUCUAACACUUGAAAAGAAAAAAAAAUAGAAAUAUCCAUAA